CUUAAAAUGUCAUAUCUAACCGGUAAAGUGUAACGGUUUCCAGUUGUCAAACGUAACUGUUGUUUAAAGUGUUCAAUUUGAAGAUUUACAGAUUGGAAUAGAAGAACUAGGAUGUGUCAACGGGCUGUGCGCGAUUGGUUGGUGCUAUUGACCAUGGAGAAGUACAUUGAUAUAUUCAUGGAUCGGGGCUACGACUGCAUUGAACGCUGCAAGCUAAUUAUCGUCAGCGAUCUGAUAAUGCUGGGAGUGGAUAAUCCCGCUCAUAGAAAGCUCCUGCUCGAGGGAGUCCGGUUCCUGAACAACGCACCCGAGCAGUUCAACUGCAUGGAGCCGUGUGAGCUGCACCAGGAGAUCGAACUGAAACUAGACCCAGAUGUUGAGUUGUUUGCUUCGUUAAAGUUCUUGGAAAAUGUUGAUUUCCUAGAAGCACCAUAUUCGCUAACAUCUCCACAAAAUACGCUCAAAACUCGAGAUUCUUGCAAAUGGAAUGUCAAAGGUGUGGAUGAGUAACCUUCCAAAAAUUUGUUUGACUAAAUACAAACAAAGUAAAAUAAAA